AUGACUAUGGAUACAAGACAGACUGUAAUAGAUGGGAGAACCCCAGAUGCUGCAAAAGCGAAUACCGCUUCAAACACAUCAACUACACAAACCAACAAGCCUAAACAGUCAAAUGCUUUAGACAAGAUGAGAGACGCACUCGAGGAAGAAACAAACAUAUACACUCGAGGCGUCAAAAAUGCAGACGUCGAUUGGUUUAUGAGAGACUCCAAUAUGGACCCCAACAUAGCACUACCGACUCACCGCAAUAAUGAUAAUGAUAACAACACCACCACCACCACCACCACCAACAACAACAACAAUAACAAUUCAGCUCUUGAUUCAUCUUUAUCAAGUAAUGGACAUCCCCAAUCCCCAUCAAGAACCCACUCCUCUACUCCCUCACACCUCAACACCAGCAUUUCAAAUUCCAAUGCGUCCAAUGCCACCAAGACCAAGCCUUCAAUAUCUCCCAUACAAGAAGAGACUAUUGGUGCAUCAUCGCCGCCUCGUCAACGAACCCCAAGCUGUACAGACUCUGUAAAACUGAGAAGGAGAAGUACUGGUGGGGGCGGUAUAGGACUCUUUUCAAAACUCAAGAGUAAAUUUCACAAGGAUUCCAAUGAAGGCAUACCCACAACAAAUAGUGCAUCAAGAGUUCACAUCCAAAACAGUAACAACAACAACAGUAACAACAACAACAACAACAACAUAAAUUCAUCAGGCUUAUUCAAGGCAAAUUACGACAUGGCUAAUCCGAGUAACGAGUCUAGUACAACUUUAGCAUCUUCAUCUUCAUCCUCAUCUUCAGCUACAGCAGCAGCAGCUGCAACAACAGCCACAGCAAAUUUAGCACAAAAUCAAGGACCAGGUCACUUACACAGAUCAGUUACAAAUCCAGUAUACUCAAGUAACACCAAAGACCCCAGGUUGGAAGAAUAUAUCAAGUUUUACCAGCAAAAAGAUAUACGCAGAGCAUCAAUUGCCUCAAGAAGGUCCUCAGUGGCAUCUGGAAAAUCAGACACCACUGAAACAUUACCAAGUGCAUUGGCAAACCCAUACGAAAAUGUUACAUAUAAUCAACAUCCAACAACAAAAACAACAACAACAACAACAAAUACUACCACUAACACACUGAGCAACAACCACAACCAAUCAGAAGCAGCAACACAUUCAUCAAAAAAACCAGGUUUCUUUAAAAAAUUCAGCUCUUCAACAACCUCAACACAAGAUGCAAACUCAACAUUGCAACUGCAAACAAUACUGCCUCUGCCUCUGCUGCCGAAACCUGCACCAGCUAUCCCAACUGUUGAAGGAGUAGACUUGAACCCCAGCUUUAAAGGUUUAAAACCGUUGAAAAGAGUUGCAUUCCACUCCUCAACUUUCCUUAUUGAUCCACCACAACAGAUCCCAUCAAGAAACCCAAGAAAAGGUAAUGUCGAAGUACUUCCUGGCGGAGUGGUCCACAUCAACCCAUUAACCGAGGAAGACAAAAUUGCUAUUGAGAAAUCGCAACUCGGACUCGGUGGUGGUAUUGUUGUUGGCGGUAGUGGAGCAUUAGGGUACAUCAAGAAAGAUGCACCACCACCACAAUCACAAUCUAGUUCUGGAAGUGGCGAUGAAGACGAAACGGAAAACAUUGAAAGCUCAAACUCCUCCAAAUCUAGCGAUGAGAAUGAGAACGAGAACGAGAACGGGAGCGACAACAAAACUGAACCCGAGGCAGAACCAGCAGUAAGUGCUCGUGCAAAGGGUGUAGCAAUCGAUAAGCCCAUGAUCCGCCAUCAUCCGGUAAACUACACUGCACCGGUGGAAAAGAUGGCUCUUGACAAGAUGUACUCCCGUUGUUGCCACUUGCGCGAAAUUUUACCUAUCCCUGCAAUCCUAAAGCAAAUCCCACCGGGAUCAUUAGCCCCAUUACCAGUACUACAGCUCCGUAAUCCAACACCGACAAUGAUUGAAAUCCAGACGUUUGCCGAUUUUCUAAGGAUUGCACCGAUCAUUUGUGUUUCAUUAGACGGUGUAAGCCUAUCAGUGGAGCAGUUUAAAAUUAUCCUCUCGGCAAUGAGUGCGAAAAAGCAAUUGGAAAAAUUGAGUUUGAGAAAUACUCCAAUCAGUGAAGAAGGAUGGUCCUUACUUUGUUGGUUUUUAUCAAGAAACACAGUGCUCAACAAGCUUGAUGUGACACAGUGUCCUGCACUAUCGGUGAAUAUCUUGAAAAAGAAAAAGAAAAGAGCUAAUAGCGGGACAACUGGUGCAGGAGCUUCAGCAGCAACAUCAACAUCAACAUCAACAUCAAAAUCAACGGCAACGAAAAAGAAGCCGGAGGAGGAGUUGGUUCGUAUGACAUGUAAUAAAGAGAAUAGAUCAGACGUUGACUGGUCAUUGUUUGUUGCUACUCUUGUUGCACGUGGCGGUAUUGAUGAGUUGAUCUUGACUGGAUGUUGCAUCACGGAUGUCGAUGUUUUCCGAAAUUUGAUGGAAUUGGCUGUGCUGAAAAGAACAACGAGGUUGGGUCUCGCAUUCAAUAACCUCUCACCAAAACAUUUGAAAAUAGUUGUGGAUACCUGGCUAUUCAGAGACUUUGCACGUGGUUUGGAUCUCGGCUAUAAUGACUUCUCCAACGUGCACAUGCUCAAGAUCUUUCUCGAUUUUAUUGAACAAAAAGAUUUUGAGCAAAAAAUCCUUUCAAAAGCCACACUUUCGUUUUUAAGUUUAAACUCAACAAACUCGGUCUUCAAUGAUACAUUCAAAGAAGUGUUUGAAAAAGUAUUGCUUAGAUUACCAAAUUUGAAGUACCUUGAUUUUUCAAAUAAUCAAAGGUUAUUCAACACCUUUAACAAAGUCGAUAGAGCAACCAAUCAUGAACUGAUCACAUCAUAUUCCGACGCCAUAACACAUGGCUCCGACGAAAAUCAAACAGUGCAAUAUUUCACCUCGAAACUACCAUUAUUCCCAAAAUUGAUUCGAUUGCACUUGGAAAAUGAGAAUUUUAGCCAACAGUCAAUUCAGCAAAUCGCCAAGGUGAUUCCUUUUUGUAAAAACUUGGGCUAUUUCUCACUCCUUGGAAAUCAUGUUGACCUCACAUCUGCCUCGACAUUGGUUAAUGCCGUAAAGAACUCGAAAACCAUCAUUAAUCUUGAAUGCAACACUGAUAGCUUCCCCGAACUUUUUAAAGAAAGGAUUGGGUUGUAUACAAUGAGGAACAUGGAGAGGCUCUUGUAUGCAUCACAGCCAGAGUUGAAGAGCAAGACAGACGGUUCCACCCCUCCUCGAACUCCGGCAUCUCCUUCUUUAACAUCACCACCAACAUCCUCGUCCGGCGCAAACUUGAAAGAAAUGACAGAGACAAAGUCUUUGACUGAGCAAUUGAAUGAUAUAUUGUUAUUGAAGGCAAGGCAAAAAUUAGAUUUGCAAUCACCAGAGGUGCAACAAUUUUUAAGUAAAGCACAAGCCAUUAGAGGUGAGUUAAAAGAGUCGAUCAAUGGAUUGCUUAGCUUGCAAUUAAAAAACGAGUUAGAUGUGGAUGGAAAAGAGACGUUGAUUAGAUUUAUCUUUAUUGAUUCUAGUAUUGAAAAAGGUUUACAGUUGAUUGACCCAAGUUUGGUUGGAAACAAGUCGAUGGAGGCAAACAUGUACUUGGUGAAAAAUGGCGAAGGUCAGGUUAAAACCAGAUCUAAUGACUUUGAGUCUGGUGCAUCCCGAGACAAGUAUGUAUCCAAUACAGGAGAUGGGGACGCUGAUACAACUAGUUAUGGUCAAUUGAGUCCCCCAAGUGCAUCCAAUGUGCCAAUAAGCAAGAGUCCGCUUGCAUCCAAAUCGAAUUCAAGAACCAACUUGGCUGCGUUAAACAGAGAAGAAGGUUCUGUGCUUAAAUUGUCUAAAUUAAAAGACUACCAUAGACCAAGCACUGAAACUGAAGUUCUGGGAGAAGACUUGAGAAAGAAACUCAUGAGCAUUGAACUUUCAGAUUUGGAUAAAGUUAUAGAGUAUUUAUCGGAUUUGAAAAAGAAAGGAAUUUCAUUGGAGAAAGCAUUUCAACGUCAUGUGGGAGAAAAUAAUGUUUCAACACACGAUGAGCGUGAUAUACUUGAUAUUGAGGGUAUUCGACAAAGGUUGCAGAGUUUGAAAGCAAAAGCUUUGAGCGAGGGACAAACCCCAGAGGCUGGGUCGGUGAAGGAUACUAAAACCAAAGAAAAUAAAGGUGAUGAUCCCAACACACAUUUAUCUGAAGGGGGAAGAACAGAUCUUAGCGACACUUAUGAUCAAGUUUUGAAUAGUCUAACAAAUUAG